AUGCAGGGCAAACUUCUUAAUCUCCUGGCUGUAGCGAUAUCCGUAUUAUCAAUCCUACCUAGUAGCUUCUGCUCUCCGGUAGCAAGCGAAAGGGCACCCUUAUGGAAUCUUUCGAAACGACUUGACGGUCCUCCAAGUAACAAUUUCGUGUCGCUCAGCAACUGGCGCGGUAUCCCCUCUUUGCAAGGAUUUGACGAUUUUAAUGGUAUCAGUAACUUUGACGGUUCUAAAAAUGGCCAAGUUGUUGUCCAGGAGAAGCAAGUUGUCUGCAAAACACAGCGUGUCGAGAUCAUUCAACAGCAGCUUGUCAUUCUCCGAGAGAUGGCGAAAAGGAUAAUUACCGAGCAAAUUUGCGAGGUAGAAACGCAAACGAUUGUUCUUAGCCAGUUCCACAAUGGCGUUAAGGAUUUCAAGAAAGACCUAGCGCGAAAAAGCAACCGCGCCGUAGGAUACGACGCAAACAUCGCGAGUCAUCUUAUCCGCCUCGUUAACAGCGAUGGGUCUUUGAAUAGCGGUAGCUUUGGUUUCCAAGGAACGGAUGUUGGGAAUGCCACGAUUGUUCCGACUGGAUCUAACUGGAAUAAUGCAACCUCCCCCGAGUCAGUCCAGGCGGCGGAGCAGGCUGCUCAGGCUGCUUUGAAUGCGACCAAGGUGUAG